AUGAUCUUUCACACGUUUGCAGUUACUGUCGUAGCUGUUGCUUUAGCUGGCAGUGUCAAGGCCAGUCCUUGUAAGCCUGCGUCUAGAUCGACGGCUAUUCAUUUGGGAACAAGUUCAAUUGAAACGACUACGAUCGAGAGUCUUCCGACAACCAUUGAAGCUCUUUCCUCGGUUACCACUGCCCUUUCGAACGAGGCUUCUAGAUCAGAAGCUGCUAUCAGCUCGACGACACUGACCUCUGAAACCUCCAACACUGUUGACGAUACCACUGCGACCAUUUCCUCAACAAUCGAACAGACUACUCAAGAUACGACAACCACAGUCAAUGACUUGAGCUCUGAAACCUCCGCGGCGACUGAUACCUUGACCACGGUAGAGGUUUCUGUUACCACUACAGCUUAUACAACAACCGACCAAUCGGCUAUUGAGACCGCUACAUCCUCUUCAGCACCUCACUGUACAUUCACAGGCGAAUACACCAACUACGUCCAAAACCCAUCUUUUGACAACAAGGUCAAUGGAAAUUGGGUUACUACAUCGCCUUGGGUCUUUUUGCAGACCCCUUGGCUAGCUCCCAACUCUGGCAGAGACGGAAGCAAUGCAAUUGCUAUCAAAUACCCGGACGGCGCAUGGUCAUCGUCGAUUCUUCAAUCGCUGGAAGGCGUCGUUGCCGGUCGAGAUUAUAUAGUCAGAUACUAUUGGUCUCUCCAAGGUCAUCCACUCCAGUCAGAUGAAUGUAGAAUUGGCGCAAGUGCUGGGCCUGAUGGUCAAUCUGUGCACUUCGUAUAUACCGAUGGUGAGGAACCUGUCCAACAGGGUCAGUUCUACAUGCAAGAGUUUCGCAUUACUGCUGAGCAAGAUGACCAAAGGCUGUCCAUUGGCUUUUUCUGCAAGGCUGGGUAUAAAGGUGAUGAGGUUAGGGUCAACAUUGACGAUGUCGCAGUAUAUGACUAUUACGAGGGUUGUGAUAGUCCUGAUGUGGCGGGGGCUAAGUACAACCGCUGA